AUGCACCACGCGCUCGUGUGCCGCCGGUGGCUGCUCCUUGCGCAAAACGCGCAGCAAGCCGUCCACGUCAGCGCCGAGCGCAACCUCCACGCAGGCGAGCUGCUGCACGGGUUGUCGAAAUUUCCCAACGUGACCUCGCUCACACUAGCCUACAGGAGUGUCGAUUUUCUGAACGACGACUUCCUGACGGCGCUGCCCUCCGCCUGCCCGCAGCUCUCCCGCCUGCGCCUGGACGAGCCGCGGUACACCGGGGUGCCGCACUUCCGCAUCACGCCCCCGUGCCUCGGCCGCUUCUUCCUCCGCGCUUCGCGCCUCGAGGAGCUCACUCUCGACCACAGCCUCGGCAACAUAACAAAGCUUCCUUCCUCGCUCGCAUCGCUCUUGUCACUUCGCGUGCUCAACCUCAGCUUGGCGCUCCUUACCGUUCUUCCCGACGAGUUCGGCGCGCUGCGCGCGCUGGAGGAGCUCCGCGUCAGCUGCCCCGAGCUGCGGUGCCUCCCCGCGUCCGUCACGCAGCUCACGCGGCUGUCCCGCCUCUGCCUAACAGACUGCCGCGUGAUGCACCGGCUGCCCGCGCAGCUCGGCGCGCUGAGCGCACUGACGGCGCUGGAAAUCCACGGGUGGUUCCGCCUGGAGGGCAUUCCGGAGAGCGUCGGCGCGCUCAAGGAGCUGUGCCGCCUGGUCCUGCGCAACAUCAGUUGCGCGUUGCCCGACGUGGGGGAGGAGUGGCGCAAGCUGGAGGAGUUGCGCCUGGAGAACGUCAGCCGGGGUUGGGGCCGCUUUCCGCCCAUCUCCCUCGAGUCCCUCACCAUCCGCCACUGCCGCAGCCUCCGCGCGCUCCCCGACGACAUCGGCGCGGCGCCAGCGCUCCGCGAGGUCGAGAUCGUCGACACGCCGAUUGCCGAGCUGCCCGCGUCGAUCGCGACGCUGACGUCACUGGAGCGGUUGGUGCUGGCGCCGAGCAAGUCGAUGAGAGGACUGCCGCCCACACUGCUGGCUCUGCUGCGAUUGGCGCACGUGGUGCUGAAGAACGUGUCGGUCUUCCGCCUCACCGCGCUCACCUCCCUCUCGCUCCUCCUCCUGCGGCACAUCAACUGCCUUCCCCCCGCGCUCUCCGUGCUUUCCGCCCUCCGCGCGCUCAAAAUAACCUCCGCGUCCGAGCUCGCUGCGCUUCCCGAAUCGCUGGGCCACCUGGCGGCGCUCGAGUCGCUGGAGUUCGACAACUGCCCCGCGCUGCGGAGCCUGCCCGCGUCACUAGGCCGCCAAACGGCGCUCGGCGCUGCGGAGUCUGCUGCCGUGCCCGCCGCCAUGAGCGGGCUCAGCGCGCUGACGCGCCUCAGCGUCACCAGCUGCGCGCCCUCAAGCGCCUCUCUUACAGACUGCUCCGCGCUCGCCCGCCUCCCCGCGUCCCUCCCGCGCCUCUCCGCGCUCGAGUCGCUCGACAUCGCAAGCUGCGCGCUGCUCACGCACCUCCCCGACGACUUCGGCCCGCUGCCUCUCCUCGCGCGCCUGUCCGUCCGCAACUGCCGCGCCUUCUCCCGCCUCCCCGCCUCGCUCUCCCGCCUGCCCGCCCUCCGCGUGCUCAGGCUCUCGUCCUGCGCGUCUCUCUCCGCGCUCCCCCCCGACCUCGCGUCCCUCCCCGCGCUGCACUCGCUGCUGCUGGACGGGUGCUCCGCGCUGGCGGAGCUGCCCGCCGGACUGGCGCGCGCGCGGGGGCUGCGCCACGUGGACGUGCGCGGGUGCGGGGCGGUGGGAGGGGACGCGGAGGUGGGCGUGUGCGAGCGACACGUCCACGUGGAGCGGAGUCGACGCGAAGGGGGCGAAGGGGGCUCGAACAUGAUGGGGACGAUGGCUAGAGACAGUCAAGUGCAGCGCGCGAGGAGGGGGGGCGAGGGGGGAGAGGGCGGGGAGAGAGAGGGAGGCGAGGCUGUGGAGGGAGGUGAAGGGGGGACAGAAAGGGGUGGUGCGUUGAGAGGCGGGUUGGAGGAGGAAGGGGAAGGUGUGGGGGAGGAGUUGUGGGGGAGGACGAUAAGGUGGGAGAGGGCCUCGCUUUCGAACCCUGCUCUUGUUGCCGCCUCCCACGCAUCCCUUGAUUCUCCACCCUUUCCUCUCUUCCUUCCGCCGUUCCCCUUCGUCCCUCCGCCGUUUUCCCCCACCCCUGUGCCCGUCCAUCGUGCGUCACCAUCGUGCGUCACCAUCGUUCACUCGCCAAUUAAUCCCGUUGCGCGCGCACCGCCGCCGCUUACCCCGUUUCCGUUUUCCGUUUUCCGUUUUCCCGUUUUCCGCCUCUUUCCCCGUUUCCGCUUCUUCCCCUCACCCUCCGCCCUUCCUCUCACCCCUCUCCCUUCCUCACACCCUCCGACCUUUAUCUCACCCUCCGCCCUUCCUCUCACCCUCCGCCCUUCUUCUCACCCUCCGCCCUUCCCCUCACCCUCCGCCCUUCCCCUCACCCUCCGCCCUUCCCCUCACCCUCCGCCCUUUCCCUCACCCUCCGCCCUUCCCCUCACCCUCCGCCCUUCCCCUCACCCUCCGCCCUUCCCCUCAUCUCCGCCCUUCCCCUCACCCUUCUCCCUUCCCCUCACCCUCCGCCCUUCCCCUCACCCUUCGCCCUUCCCCUCACCCUCCGCCCUUCCCCUCACCCUCCACCCUUCUUCUCACCCUCCGCCCUUCCCCUCACCCUCCGCCCUUCCCCUCACCCUCCGCCCUUCCCCUCACCCUCCGCCCUUCCCCUCACCCUCCGCCCUUCCCGUCACCCUCCGCCCUUCCCCUCACCCUCCGCCCUUCCCCUCACCCUCCGCCCUUCCCCUCACCCUCCGCCCUUCCCCUCAUCUCCGCCCUUCUUCGCCCUUUCCCUCACCCUCCGCCCUUCCCCUCACCCUUCGCCCUUCCCCUCACCCUCCGCCCUUCCCCUCACCCUCCGCCCUUCCUCUCACCCUCCGCCCUUCUUCUCACCCUCCGCCCUUCCCCUCACCCUCCGCCCUUCCCCUCACCCUCCGCCCUUCCCCUCACCCUCCGCCCUUCCCCUCACCCUCCGCGCUUCCCCUCACCCCCAUGAACAGCAGCCAGUUGGAGCACAUGCAGGCGAGAUACGUGGGCACGGGACAUGCAGACACCACCAAGUACGAGUGGGCAGUGAACAUCCACAGGGACAGCUACGCCUCCUACGUGGGCCAUCACCCACUGCUGGCCUUCUUUGCCGUGGCGGAGAAUGAGAGCAUCGGCCGCGAGCGAUACAACUUCAUGCAGCGCAUGCUGCUGCCAUGUGGGCUGCCGCCAGACCGGGACGAGGAGUGA